AUGCAAGAUGAAGUUCUCCUAUACAAAAUCUAUAUAAACACUGCCAGUUUGGUAGCGAUAUUUCUCAAUGUUUUACUCCUUCUUUUGGCGAUUUUCAAAUCGCCGCCUUCUAUGAAAACCUAUUCAGUGUUGGUGAUUAAUUUUGCGAUUUUCAACACAAUUUCUGCUGUUUGUCAAGGUUUCACUCAAUUGCGACUUAUUGGAAUUGAUGAUAAUAUUAUUCAUAUUGCUUAUGGAAUGUGUCACGGACUUGGACCCAAAUGGUGCUAUACAGUGUAAGUAUUAUUUUCUCUCUCGUAAAUAAAUACUUCCAUAGGUAUGCAAUCAUGCUUCAUACUCUUACACAUACUGAAUGGUGCACUUGGCUCAGUUUCCAUUUCAGUUGCUACACUUUACAACAUGGAUCGUUUGACGUGAAGAAAUUUAUAAAAAUUCUGAUCAUAUUUUAUAUUCCAUCAUUAAUUCAACUUGUCACAUUUCUCCUUGGUGGUCAACCUUUGGACAAUCUUUUAUUCGAGAUUUAUCGAUAUUACCCACAUUACAAAAUUGAAGUAAAUCAAAUAACAGGAAGAAUCAUUUUAUCAUCUGUUCUAAUUGGAUAUACAGUUAUACAUUACAUAAUGGUGCCGAUCCCAAUUUUAAUUGCAGUUUUGAUUAUCAAACGGAAAAUUAUGAGAUUCCUCAAUAAUCAAGCACAACACUUGAGUGAAAAUACAAAGAAGGUUCACAAACAAUUUUUCGAGGUUUCGAAAAUAUUUUCUAUUAGAAUUAAAUUAUUUUUUUAAAGGCUUUAACUUUCAACGCAAUUCUACCCGUAGUCUUUGUUGCGAAUGGUGUUGUUUUCUGGAUAGUGAAAAACAUGGAACUAACAAGUCCAAUAAUGGAAUGCUUGAAUACUGUAAUAUUAUCAACUGUCCCAAUUAUUUCUCCAUUGUUCUAUUUACUAUACAUUGUUCCAUAUCGAAAAGCAUUAAUCGAUUGCCUGCUUAUGCGUAUAUUUACGAAAAAAUCAAUGACUUCAAAAGUAUCACAAGAUUCCAGAUCAUAGAUGUUUUGUUAUUUGGUUUCUAACACCUUUAAUCAGUUUUAUCUUUCGAACUCCAUCAGCUAUCCAAGUUGUGAGUUGCUCAAUAUUUCAACUUUAAGUAAUACAUUUUUUUAGGUUGCAUUUCUUCUUCCUUCACACCCUUUGAGCAUAUUCUAUUCUACAAUUUCACACACUUAUCCAGAAUAUUCAAUUAAAGCAGAUAAAAUCAAAAGAACGUUACAGUUGUCAUUAUUUUCAACAUUUUACACAAUUUCUAAUGUCUUUUACCCCAAUUCCUAUUAAUGUUACUAUUGUAUCGAAAAACAAUUUUAGUUCUCACUAAACGUCAAACAACACAAAUGAGAUUUAGAAAUUGUGUUGAUCAUGAGUUUUCGUUGCUAACACACAAUUUUCCUUAACCUAUAAUCAAAUUCGUUUUGCCAUUUCCAUACUCAAUAAAUAAUCAGUGUUUUGUUCCAAUGGACUUCAUCGAUUUUUUCGAAGUUUAUAUGAGCAUUUCCAGUUUUUUCGGGAUCUUUUUCAAUUCCGUUUUGUUUUUCCUUGCAACAUUCAAAUCGCCAGCAAGUAUCAGAGCAUACUCUGUGAUUCUAAUCAAUUUUGCUACUUUCAAUAUACUAUCUUCUGUUUGUCAAUUUGCAACAAAAGUUAGACUGAUAAUGUUGAGUGAAUCGGUUGUUGUAGUGUCAUAUGGAUUUUGUAAUGCCUCAAUAUUUGAGUAUUGUUACGACGUGUAAGUGAUUUCUAAUUUAUUUUGAACGAUAAGAUAUAAUUAGUUUCUACAGAUACGCUUUCAUGUUACAUGCAUUCAGUCACAUUCAAUGGUGUACACUCUCAAGUUUCAUAUUCAGUUAUAAAGUUUUAAAGAGUGGACAAAUCGGUCGGAUUGAAAUUUCGAUAAAACUAUUGGGCUUCUACAUCCCCUCAAUUUUUCAAUUUGUGAGUAACAAAAAAUCACACCUGCACAGGCGUUUCCAAACAGAACACUGUACACAAACUUCUCAGAAGUUUAUUGAGCAGAUUUUGAUGAAAAAUUGAAUAAAAUCAAAAUGUUACACUGAAGCAAAUCUGAUAAAAAAAAAUGAAUUUGGAAAAAAAAUGUUUUUUUAGGCAUCAUUUGUAAUAUUCUAUGAACAUUCUCCAAAAAACAUCGAAUUGGCACUUAUUCAAAAACAUAUAGAAUAUAUGAGUAAUCCUGAUCAAAUCAUAGGCUACACCGUAUUGAAAUCCUUUGUCACAACUUACACAGUCAUCAACAUGUCUUUUUUCCCAUUUUUGAUAUUUAUUGCAAUUCUCAUAAUUCGUUUCAAAUGCAUGCAAUUUUUAUCGGAUAAAAGCGAGAAUUUGCAAGAAGAAACAAAAAAACUACAUAAACAAUUCAUAAAGGUGCAAAGAACAUUUCGCUCUAUAAAAUUCAAACUUUUCAUUGCAGGCCCUAACAUUUCAAGCAUUUCUACCCUUUUUAUUCGUUUUGAAUGGCAUAUGUUUCAUGUUGUUACGAAAUUUGAAUCAAUCGUCUUUAUUUAUUGAGUUAUCAAAUACCCUUCUUUUUUCUUUAACACCUCUAAUUUCCCCCUUGAUGUACAUUUUCUACGUUGCACCAUAUCGAAACACAUUAAUUCAUUUCUUCAAACGUCAAAAACAAUAA